AUGAAGCUCUUUUUUCCCAUCUUCGCAAGCCUCAUGCUUCAAUCCCAGGUGAAUGCAGAAUUCUUUGGAGUGAAAAAGUGUUUAAUGGGUUUUGGGAAAUGCAAGGAUUCUUGUACUGUGGAUGAAAAAGAGAUAAAGCCAUGCAAGAAUAAAAAAUGCUGUAUGGGACCAAAAAUCGUUCAAAUGAUAAGACACUUCAUCCAAUCUGAAGACCCAGGCCGGCGGCACAAGGAAACCGAUAAAGAAGGCAGAGAGCCGGAUGAAGAUUUCCACGACCCCGAUAUGCUCCCGCGCCGGCUUCGAUUGGAUCUGGGCGCGCGGCACCAGGACCCGCCGGGCCGGGCCCAACAGGCCCCUGAGCAGCAGCAGAUUCAACGCAGACAUAACGGCCCGGUGCGGACGGCAGACUGA